AUGAAUACAGCUACUCUCAAGCAAUUGAUUGAACAUAUUUUAGAUAUUCAUUCUGAUCACCAACGUUUAAUAUUUCGUAAACAGCAAGUAGAAGACAGCAAAGCUCUUUCAGAAUAUAAAAUUGAACAUCAAUCUAUGAUUCAUUUGACACUAACUUUACGUGGUGGAAUAUAUCAUUUUACUAGUGGUGGAGAAGAUUUUCUUAACGUUUUACAUGGAACAGUCGAAGCAAUAAAAAAUGUUCUUGCUUUUGAAUUUAAACAUAUGAAUCAAUCUGAAAAUUUUUCCGUAUCUAAUGAUCUUCCACAUUUAAAAAACAUUAUAUUAUUGCCUCCUUUUGAUAAUGAAGAUGAGAAUAACGGUAAAAAAGAUGACAUGUCAAAUGAGUAA